CCCCUCCCCCUUGUAAGGACCGUGUCACCCCCGGAGCAGGAAUCACAGAGCCGUGUAACCCAGGCAGCAGCAACAACAGGGAGGGCGAGGGGAGCUACAGUCAGGCUCCGGCAGGGUGAGAGGAGGAGGAGUAUAUUCAUGUGAAGGCAGAAAGCCCAGGGGGACACGCAAGGACAGCAGAGGGCAGCCUGGCCAGAGAAACAAGCCACAAGCACAUGGCACUGGAGCUCAGCCCUAGACCCUUCUCAUUGGCGUGAUCUGCCUGACCCCCUCCUCCCCGCUCUUAUACUACUACACGGCGCUUGCACGGAACUGCCCGGGGGGAACCUGGACAGUAAUGCCCCAGUGAGUGCUUGUUCUGCCCGCUGCCUGCCCGGCCCCGUAUCCGAGGGGAAAGAUGCUGUCCUUGUGGGCGCUGGAUGUGAGUGUGGAGGGUGUGCAGAAGAGGAGGAACCCAUCCAAGCACUAUAUUCAAGCUCUCCCUUCUGGCUUGAGCUGCCUUUUUAAUUACCCACCUGAGAUGCCUCAAGUAAACCUAAAACAGCCGGAACCACUCUGUUAGGAACCUGGGAGAUAUGUAAGCUCAGUCCUAGACUUUCCCAUGUAUCCUGAUAGUGACCUCACCACAAUACAGGUAUAUAUCAUCAAAGUUACGUGGUCAGACUCAACAUCUCAAGUUAUUUAUAGAAGAUACAGCAAAUUCUUUGACCUCCAGAUGCAAGUGUUGGAUAAGUUUCCCAUUGAAGCUGGACAAAAAGACCCAAAGCAGAGAAUAAUCCCCUUCCUUCCAGGUAAGAUUCUCUUUCGGAGGAGCCAUAUUCGAGAUGUUGCAGUGAAGAGGCUGAAACCUAUUGAUGAAUACUGCCGGGCUCUGGUCAAGUUGCCAGCUCAUAUAUCACGGUGUGAAGAAGUCUUAAGAUUCUUUGAGGCUCGGCCAGAUGACCUGGAUCCUCCAAAGGAGGAUUAUGGAUCCUCCAAGAGAAAAUCAGCUCUGUCUUCUUUUCAAGUUUGGAUGUCCAGUUUGUGUGAGAUCCCUAAGGCUGACACAAGAGGUGCUGACGGGAACUCCGAGCCCAUCAUCCUGGACCAGUACGUGGUGGUGUCCAACUACGAGAAGCAGGAAAACUCUGAGAUCAGCCUGAAAGCUGGAGAACUGGUGGAUGUCAUUGAGAAGAGCGAAAGCGGAUGGUGGUUUGUCAGCACAACAGAGGAGCAAGGAUGGGUGCCUGCUACCUACCUAGAUUCCCAGACUGGAACCAAAGAUGACUCUGAAAUUAAUACUUCCAAAUCAGGAGACGUAACUAAGAGGCGCAAGGCUCAUCUACGGCGCUUGGACCGGCGAUGGACUCUGGGUGGCAUUGUCAACAGGCAACAAAGCCGAGAAGAAAAGUACGUCACUGUGCAACCCUAUACGAGCCAAGGGAAAGAUGAGAUUGGCUUUGAGAAAGGCGACACGGUAGAAGUUAUCCAGAAGAAUCUGGAGGGCUGGUGGUUUAUAAGGUACCAAGGCAAGGAGGGCUGGGCUCCAGCCUCCUAUCUGAAAAAGGCCAAAGAUGACAUCCCAUGCCGUAAAAAGAAUUUGACUGGUCCAGUUGAGAUUAUAGGAAACAUCAUGGAAAUUAGUAACCUCCUAAACAAAAAGAGUCCCAAUGACAAAGAGAGCCAGGGAGGGAAUGACUCAGAAGAACAAACCAUAAGCAAGAAAGAAAUCAGCUUGCCGAUCCUGUGUAAUGACUCCAAUGGUAACUCUAUGAUGUCCUCAGACAAGCAGAUAUCAAAGGUGACCCCGGGUUCCCCUGCUGUGGCAAGGAUCGCUCCACAAAGAAGCGAAAUAAGUUCUCCAAACUUACGAAUGAAGCCUCCCCCUCGCAGAGAAUCUAGUUUGGGUUUCCAGCUACCCCAGCCCCCUGAAGCUCCUUCGGUAGAAGUAGAAUAUUACACUAUUGCAGAGUUCCAGUCUUGCAUAUCUGAUGGCAUUAGUUUUCAUGGCGGUCAAAAAGCUGAGGUGAUUGACAAGAACUCAGGUGGUUGGUGGUAUGUUCAGAUUGGUGAAAAAGAAGGAUGGGCUCCAUCAUCUUAUAUCGACAAAAGAAAGAAACCAAACUUGAACAGGAGGACAAGCACAUUAACAAGACCCAAGGUUCCUCCUCCUGCACCACCAGUUAAACAAAAAGAUUCAACAGAAGGUGUUAGUCCCUUAACUUGCACUUCCACUGAACUCAAAGAGUCUCCAUCAAAACAAAUAUACGAGGAGCCUGAAUAUGAUGUGCCUGCAUUUGGAUUUGAUUUAGAAGUAGAACUUAAUGUUUCAAACAAGAGUCAUGGAGAUGAUCUUAUCCAUGAAAAUAUGUUCCAGCCAUCUAGACCUUCUCCUAUGUCUUCUCUGCAAAGGCCAAAAUUUAGAGUUGGUGAGUUUACUGAAGAUGUAACUAAUGAAGAGGAGACAAUUUAUGAAAAUGAGGGGUUUAGACCAUUUGCUGAAGAGGCUGUGUCAAAUAAGGAGUCAAGUGGUGACUCUGAUUCACAAAAGAGCUCUGUAAUAAUACAAAGAAAUUCUCCCACUGCAAUAUCUUCAAAACCUCCUCUCCUAAAGUCUAAGUCUGAAAGAAAUGCCCAACAAGAAACAAAAAAUGUCUCUUUUUCAACAAGCGAGGAGAUAAAACCCAGGUCAUCUUCAGAUGUUGGUGUACGUACUGUACCAAAGGUCAGUACAAAGAAAGAUGCUGAGCAAAAACAGGCAGUUGUCCCUUCAACAAAAGCAAAGCCAACAGUAAGACCAAAGCCUUUCUUAAGUAAAGCUGACUCCCAAGCCCAAGAUAAAAUGGACAUAAGCAGUUUGAGGCGUCAACUGAGACCAACAGGUCAACUCAGAAGUGGGCUUAAAGGUUCGAAAAGUGAGGAGUCAGAAAACCCACCAAAGGCAGCUUUAGAAAGUGUUGAUAACAAACCGAGAAGACGAUCUGUGGAUCUUACUUCCAAUACUUCUCAGUCUAUGACUUCAUCUAACAAUGACAAAAGUGAGGAAGGCAUUGAUCAAAAGAAUAUUUAUACCGCAACAAGCACCUAUCAGAAAGUUUUAGAUUCAGAAAUCAGUUUCCCUGUAGGAGCAAAAGUAGAAGUUCUGGAAAGACAAAACAGUGGGUGGUGGUAUAUUAAGUACAAAGAUUCUGAAGGAUGGGCACCUUCACACUUUUUAGAGCAGGUGGAUAAUAAAAAGGCAGAUACCUCAACAGCUGAUUCUGAAUCAACCAAAACUAAAAAGAAUGAAAAUAAGUCAAAUAGCUUGGAGAAGAUUGAAAAACGAGUGCAAGCUUUAAACACUAUUAACCAAAGCAAACGAGCAACACCUCCUGUUCCUUCUAGACCACCAGGUGGAUUUUCCAGACCUCCAGGACCAGCAAGCAAUGUUGUGAAGUUGAGAAAUGGAGUAAAGCAAGUUACUGUAAGGCCUCAGUCUGUGUUUGUUUCUGCGCCUCCAAAGGAUAAUAAUAUUUCUUGCAAUUUGCGCAGAAAUGAAUCAUUGUCGGCCACAGACCACUUGAGAUCAGUUCGGCGAAAUUUAUCCUUUAACACUGUCCGCUCCCAGCCAAAUCAGACAAAAAUAAGUUCUUCUGCUAAACCGGAUAUAGAUAUGUCAGAAUCUGAAACAUCCAUCAGGUCUUCUCAAAAGAACGGCAUACCUGUGUCCACUGUUCGGCCAAAGCCAAUUGAGAAGUCUCAGUUCAUUCACAAUAAUCUCAAAGAUAUAUAUCUCUCUAUUGCAGACUAUGAAGGAGAUGAUGAGACUGUAGGGUUUCAGGAAGGGGUUUCAAUGGAAGUCCUGGAGAAAAACCCAAACGGUUGGUGGUACUGCCAAAUCCUUGAUGUGGGGAAACCGUUUAAAGGCUGGGUACCUUCAAAUUAUCUGGAGAAAAAGAACUAGUGUGACAGUCCAAUAUAUGUAUUAUAUUGAGAACUUGAGAAGUUUUUUUUAUAAGGUCUAUAUUGUUGGGAAAAAAACAUGAUUUAUACAAGAUGAGGGCCACCAGCUGAGGAAUAUAUUUGUAAGAAACACAGGGUAUGAGAUAUAGUCUCGACUACAAAAUUUGAGUGCCUUCACUUUCAGGUCUGAAACACUACAGAAUGUUUAGAAUUGUUAAGGACGUUUUUUUUGGUGAACUCAAGAGAAAUGUCAACAAGAAUGAUAAUAAAGUAUGUUUCUUACCAAGCAAGGGAAUAAUUGCAGAAAAAGAUACAUUGGGCACAGAUUGCAUGAUAUCCUUAUAGAAUACUUCCACUUCAUCUAAUUUUCCCUUUUUUUCUCAAAUAUACAUGCAUUUGUUUCAGGUUUUUUUUAUAGGUUUUGAGGAUUAUGGGAUAAUUUAUAUUCUUAUUAGAGCAAACAUUGCACGUGUGUCUCUUAUUUGUCAUUCAAGCAGUCUGUCUUUGGUAAGGCUCUCUCCUAAUUUUUUUAUGGGUUAAUUCAAUAAUUUAAGGCAGUCAACUGCUUGAUAAUCAGAAAAGUCCUUAACCAACCAACCUUAAUCAUAUGUGCAGACAUUAGCACUUCCAACUAAACUGUGUCUGUUUUCCCUUCGACGUUCACAUGCAUAGUGUCCUCUAACCACCUCUGCCUUGUAUAUAGACAUUCUUUGGACACAAAUUAUUUUAUAUCCAGAAAGAUGUGCCAUGGAAUGAGUGCAUUGUUGACUGCCUUGUUUACAGAAUUUACCAAUGAUUUACAAUCUGUAGAAUUUUCAUUUGUAUAUAUUGUCUUUUUUUUUUUUUAAUUCUUUUGUUUUUCCAGAACACGUGAUCUAAAAUUAGUUGACAUUUAACAUAGCAAUGCAAAACAUAUUAACAUGCACUUCUGCUGAAAGGAGACCCAUAUCAUUAACCUGGUUUCAGCAUUUUGGGUGGUUACACCUUAAAAAAAAAAAAAAACUUACAAAAGAUUGUCUUUGUGAGUAUAUAAA